CCGCCGGGUGCCCCGGGGUGACAGCGCCCGCGGCGCCUCUCAGGCAGCUCGGGGGCGGGGAGCCGCGAGUGCCGGCAGGCGGUGGUGUGCAGCGGUAGUGCCGGGGCGCUCCGCGGCAGAGCCCCGCGGUGCGUUCCCACCGGCCUGCGCACGGCCCGGCGGGACGAGGUAAGGGACAUGCCCUGACGGGACGGCGAGCGGACGGGCGCCGCCUGCGAGGGCGACCUGCGCCAGUGGAGCCGGCCGCGGCGGAUCGGCGGCACCCGGCGAGGCCCCCGGGCUCCGCCGCUAUGGCUGGGCCCGGCCUCUGGACGAGCAUCAAGUCCCUCCUGCGGAGGAGCGAGGACCCCUUGUUCCUGAACGACUCCAGUGCCUUCGACUUCUCGGACGAGGUGGGGGACGAGGACUUCCCCCGGUUCAACAAACUGCGCGUGGUGGUGUCGGACGACGCCUCGGAGGCGGCCCCGGAGACGCCGGUGAACGGGGGGCCUCUGGGCCUGCCCUCCGACGACGAGUCCCUGCUGGAGCGGGACAUCGCCCUGCGCGGCACCCGGGGUGUCCGGGCAGGCCCCUGCGGCAGUUGCAGCAGCCGGCGGGAGAGCUCCAAGCAGCGGGGGGUGAAGAAGCGGCUGGCGCUCGCUGCCCUCCUCUACCUCCUCUUCAUGACGGGGGAGCUCAUAGGUGGAUAUGUUGCUAACAGUCUAGCAAUUAUGACGGAUGCACUUCAUAUGUUAACUGACCUUAGUGGUAUUAUUUUGACCCUGCUUGCUCUCUGGCUGUCUGCAAAAUCUCCCACAAAGAGGUUCACUUUUGGAUUUCAUCGCUUCGAAGUAUUGUCAGCCAUCAUUAGUGUAUUGCUGGUCUAUAUCCUUAUGGCAUUCCUCUUGUAUGAAGCUGUUCAAAGAACUAUCCAUAUGGACUAUGAAAUAAACGGCGAUAUCAUGCUGAUUACAGCAGCUGUUGGUGUUGCAGUUAACUUAAUAAUGGGUUUUUUGCUGAAUCAGUCUGGCCACCUUCACUCCCACUCCCAUUCCCACUCUCAUGUACCUCAGUCAAACACUCCCAACGCAGCCCACAGCAGCAGCCACGGACACAGCAGCCUUGCAGUCAGAGCAGCUUUCGUACACGCCCUUGGGGACCUGGUACAAAGCAUUGGGGUGCUUGUAGCUGCAUACAUCAUACGCUUCAAGCCAGAAUACAAGAUUGCUGAUCCUGUAUGUACAUAUGUAUUCUCCAUACUGGUGGUAUUGACGACAGUGCGAAUUCUGCGUGACACAGGAGUUAUUAUUCUGGAAGGAGUUCCGAGGCAUUUAAAUGUGGAUCGCAUUAAGGAAGACUUGAUGAAAAUUGAAGAUGUUUAUUCUAUAGAAGAUUUAAAUGUUUGGUCUCUCACUGCAGGAAAAACAACUGCCAUUGUCCACUUGCAACUGGUUCCUGGUAGUUCAUCUAAAUGGGAGGAAGUUCAGUCCAAGGCCCGACAACUGCUGCUGAACACAUUUGGAAUGUACAAGUGCUCUGUCCAGCUUCAGAGUUACAAACAAGAAAUGACCAAAACCUGCGCAAGUUGUCAGAGUUCCAGUGCCUAAUUUCGUAUGUUUUGGGAACUGCUGCCUUAUUCCUUAUCUUGUUGUCAAAGACUGAGAGCAAUAAAUGCAAAAUUAAAAUAAUCUACUAGAAACCAUUAAUAUGUGGAUUUGUACCAUAUAACAUGCAGCAGGGAGAACUGGUGCUGCAAAAAGUGCAGUAGUUGCCCUACCAUGAAUUUUACUCUCUCACUCUUUCUGGUUUGUUCAAUUUAUUAUGAUUUUGAGACAAAUCUGUUUUCAGAUUAUUGUUUACAAACUGCAACAUGGCUCUGCAGAUACCUCACAAAUUACAGUCCAAUAUUGUCCUUUAAUAAUUGUGUACCACAACGUACCUGUGCUCCAAAUGGAGCAUCAUGUAUUCAGUAUUUCAGUUAAAGUCUCUAAUGCCAGGGUUCCAUGAGAUGUCAUGACCCCUGAAUUCAAUACACAGUAUUUUUGCAAUAGUAAUUUUCAUACAGUAUCUUAAACUAUAACACAAACAGUGCUAGUUGAAUUCCUUUGGAAACUGCCUCUUUGGAGAUAAUGCAAAAUACAGAAUUUAAUGGACCCAGACCAGAAAGUUAGCUUUAAUCUGGGCAUUUGGAGAUCCAGGCAGGAAGAUCCUUGCCCAGACAUCUGGUAUAUAAUUAGAGACCCAACACUGGACCCAAAGUGUUUUAAGUGAUCAGUUAUCUUUAAUGUAUUUUAGAAUAGGGUUUAUACAUUAGAAACUGGUUAUUUAUUUUACAAAGCUUUGACUUGUAAGAUGAAUUUCUUAUUAAUAAUCUUGAAUGCCUAAACCAACAUUUGAUUCACAUAAAAAGGCCAGUUGAUUAGCAUGCAUUCUAGUUAUAAUUAAUAAAUGUCAUGUAAUUGAUCUUAUUUCCAUGAUUGUUUUGUUUUAUAAGGAAAAUCAGAUGAUAGAAAAUAUGCUUGACAGAUGUGACAACACAAUCUACAGACAUGCAAAAUACACGCAUCUUCUAACAAUAAAGUGGGCAGCAGAAGUUUUAGAUCUGUGCUGUUCCUCCAGUCAUGCAAUUUGUGACCUUUCCAUCUUUGCUUUGAGCACAGUUGGGCAGCAUCCUGACAGGAGUGCCACUCCAAUAGCAGUCCCACUCUACUUAAAGCAAAGUUAAGCACACUCAGUAACCUAAUGGUGCUGGACAGCAAUAUCAUCAUAUUGUGUUUGACAGCAGUAUCAUAACAGCCUGCAGAGUUACAAAGGCCUUUUCUGAUUUACAGAGAGAUGAGGCAAUUUAUUCAUCCUCAAAAUACACAAAAGUGAAAUGCUUAGCCUCAUGGUGAAUUCACUGUACUUUGAAUGUACACAGGAUAAUAAAACCUGACCCUAAGGUAUCAUACACCUCCAAGCUCAGCUUUAUGCCUGCUCCAAAGUAAUUUGCAUUGAAAAAGCUGAGGGCAACAAGAACCUGACUGCCAAAAUUCAAAAGGCAUAAGAACUUGGCUUCAAGUAUUUUUUCCUUACUCUGUACUUUGAUCUUUAUGCAGAACUUCAACUGGCAUCAGAAGUAAUUCUGUAUGUGGAUCAGAAAGGAAAUUUUUUGCCCAGUAGUGGAUGCUGUGGUAUUCAGCUGUGAAUACUUAAACUGUUGUUGGUUUUGAUACUCACUGGGGUUUCACAUAUUCAUCAGGCUGAUUUAUGCCUGUUACUGGUUGUAACAAUCUUGGCUUCUUUUCUCCCCUUUUUUGGGGUAGGAGUCACAUCAUCAAUUUUUAGAGAUGAAAAUGACAGCACAGUAUUAAUUUGGACAAAGUGCACAUAACACUGGAUUAUGUUUGUUUUGGCAGGAAAUGGGAACACCUGAGUACAGCGUGGGAGCACAUACAGCUCAGAGGCAAAGUAGCACUGUACUUGGGAAGUUAAUGCUUCAAUACAAACACUUAUCAUUAAUUAAGCCAUAUCAGAGUUCAUUAAAAAAUGUCCAUCCCAUCCUUACAAACUUCCUGGAAAAAAAUACCACAAACAAACAAGAGGUAUUUUGCACAUACUAAUACUCAAAUAGGUUUUAAUUAAAUUGGGGUUUACAGUUGCUGUAAUUAGAAGUUUAAGUACAGUAGACAAGUAUUGUAUUUGGAGUUUUUUAUUGUAAUAAUUUACUACACAUUUGUUUAAUUAAAAAAAAGCAGAAAUGUGUUGCUUUAUUGUGGGUUUUAUUAAAUCAAUUAUUAAACU